AUGGCCUGCUUGCCACACAAAUCUUCAAAUUCUUUGUCGAAUGCGGCACUUGGUGAGCAAGAGCAAAAAAAAUUGAAAGUAACAAAACAGGUCAUCAAAUUUGCACCAGUCGAGGACGAAAAAGCAUUUUGGUCGAAGGAGACUCAGAUUAAAGCUGAUGCCAUUACGAAUGAGGCUGAUUUUGACGCAUUUAUUACUCCUUUCUUCAGCAGCAUACUAGAAAGCUGUGGUUUGGUAUACGUGAAUAGUGAGAGGUAUCAAUGGUUAUCUCAGGGUUUUAAAUUAUAUAAGAACAAACACCUCAAACCGGAUGGAUUUGCGACCCAUCCUGGAAUGUAUCGUGUCAAGCCAGAACCACAAGAUUAUGUUCAUUGCCCGGAUGGAUUUCGAUUUGGAGUUGCAGAAGAAGAAUUGUUCGACUGCCUCAUCCUGUUCGAAAGCAAGCUUAGUAUAUCUCACGCUGCGUUUGGCCAAGUAGUAAAAUACCUGCAAAAUCUUUGCCCCGAGGCGUCAGCAUACGCCAUUCUGUUUGACCGCCAGUCAUUCUGGUUAACCAGUAGCUACAAGGGUUAUGUUUACAAAGUUCAAAAGGCGAAGUGGGUCGACAUGGGUUCGAAAUCAUUGUUUCAGAACUUCAUUUGUGAGAACACGUCGCCAUGGGUGGCCUACUUGACCAACGCCUGCGAGGCAUUACAUGUUAAUGUGGUGGAAGGCGAUGCAUUUCUCGGCCGUGGCGCAUAUGGACACGUUUUCAAGGUUACUGGGCAGGAUGGAAAGAUUUUCGCGCUGAAAAUCGUAACGGAUGUAAGACGUCUUCGUCGGGAGCGACGAGCCUUGUUAAUGGCCGAGCACACAGGCUUGACGAUUAAACCUAUUGGAGAUGUCACCGCAACUAUGGAAAGCGGUGCGCUAUUACUGUGUCCUGUCGGGAAACCUCUACCGCGACCAACGACUCGAGAGGAAGUACGAAGCCUCUUUUACAUGUUAUGGCAGCUUCACGCGAAUAACUUGGCUCAUGGAGAUCCUCGUGUGCCGAAUGUGAUCCUCACUGAGGAGAAGACUCUCUGGAUUGAUCUUGUGAUAGCAGAAAAUGCGACCCCUUAUUCGAAACGACGGGAUGCUGAAAUACUUACACGUUCCAUUCUGAGACUCCCUUACGAGAAUAUGCUGAGCCUGGCGCUGGUGCAGUCGCUUGAUAGCUAUUAUCAAUGCGCUACGCAAGAAAAUCUCUAUCAUUUGGCUGAAGAAGUAGCAUCAGCUGCAGGUUUUAGUGACCAGGAAACGCUCUAG